GUCGACGCGAGUGCUUGUCUCCCCCCGCGCUCAGAGCAACCCCACAUCGAUCCCUCGAAAGUUGUAAAAGUUUCAAGUGUUGUAUUAGUGUAUAUAUCCAUGUAGAAACUGUGUAUGAUGUAGCAUUGGUGUGAUGGUUGGUCGUUUUGGUGGGAAGUGGAUUAACGAGUUACCAAUGGCAGUGGCGAGGUGUUUGCAUCUGUGCAAGUGAAACUAGGACAAUGUGUCAACUGUCCAGGAAACAAAAGACUUUAAAUGUGCGCGCGGACAUAUCGCGGGUGACUAGUGAUGGUAAUAGUUAAGAUAAUGAGCGACUAAGUUCGACCACGACGUCGAAUUAUUCGGAGUGGGGGGCGCUGGCGACCGCAGCCAGCGAUGGUAUGGACGUUGUAUUUAGCAAUGAAAGCGAGGGGGGGUGGAACGAGACCGCGGAGAGGGCGAGUGAGGAUCUAUACAACUAUUGGGCAUGGAGCAUCAUCGACGGAGCAUUGAUGGUGCUCAUCAUCAGCGGAAAUACUCUCACGAUCCUAGCAGUGACCCUCAGUAGACGUUUGUCAUCGCUCGUGUCCAAUCAGUUCGUACUCAACUUGGCUAUAUCCGACCUAAUGGUGGGUUUGACGUUGCCGUACCACCUCGUCUUCUACUUGGAUCCAGAUUUCUGCAAGAUAAAGUGGUCGUGCUUGUUGAGAUUCAUAUUGAUAAUAUUGGCGUGCCUAGCCUCUAUAUACAAUAUCAUCGCGAUAGCUGUAGACAGGUACAUAGCUAUAGUACACCCGCUGCAUUACAGCCGGUACAUGACGAAAGUGGUGACCAGGCUGCUGAUGAGCGCCACCUGGUCUGUAGCGGUGUGUAUAAGCUGUAUACCGAUAUUCUGGAACGACUGGCACGACGGCGUGGCCUGCGAGAUGAAUUUGGUGGUACCUAAAGCGUAUACUACAAGCAUCCUGGCACCCAUGUUCUCGCUCAUUUGGAUGGUGAUGUUCAUCUUAUACUGGAGAAUUUGGCGCGAGGCGACCUGCCACGCGAGGAGGAUGAGAGCGAACACCUGCUGCCCAUCAGGAGGCAACGAUUGGAAGAGUAUACAGGUGGUGCUGUUAGUGCUGGGUUCCUUCUCCAUAUGCUGGAUGCCAUUCGUCGUGGUGGCGUGCGCGCAAACCGUACCGAUAAAACCGUUUCACAACCCUAUUGCGUAUCGAUUGACAUCCUCGCUGGCUAUGUCCAACUCCGGCAUCAACCCAUUGAUAUACGCAUGGAAGAACGCAGGAUUCCGUGCAGCUUUCGCUAAACUACUGCGGUGCAAACGACCAGACUCUUCGGAAUAUAGAGGAUCCCCGGCACCAGAGAGGAAAAGAUGUUCCGUCGCCCUUCGAGAAGGUUCUAUCACGCGGUCCAGCGCUCCAAGUGCACUGUCCAGUCUCGGGGGCCGACCUGCCAAGCUGCUGUACGUAGAACGAGAAACUGACACGUCGCGAUGUCGUAUCAUAGAAAAUGCAGGGUAUAUAGAUUCCGAUAGGGGAGAUUCCAACCCCUCGUACGCGCCAGACGGGCCCACCCCGGUACACCGACCGGUCCACCGCUCCCCAGAUGUAGUGUAGUGUUAUUUUCAAAAAAACGACACAGACGUUUUGUGGGAAAUGCGAAACGCUUCUAGUUUUUAAAAUUGUUAGUGACAGUAGGUACCCCAUUUGCAUUUAGGUACCUGUUAAAUUCUACGCUCAAGUUUUGAAGGCUUUAUUGUUGAAAUUUAUUGAGAGAUUCUAAUGCGUUCCCCGCCAUAAAGAAAUAUGGAUAAAUAAAAAAGUUCUAUGUCAAAU